CCCCCUCACAUAUAUACUCACCCCUCUCUCUCAAACUGCACAACCCUGCAGGCUCCUCCGGCCGGUUUUCCAAGCUCGAUCUCCUCUGAUCCUUCUCUCUCUCAGGCAGCAGACCAUUUGCAAGCUCACUUGGACUCCACGAGCGCCGAUCCUUAUUGUUUACGUUUACUUAUUACAAGCUUACAUGGGCAAUGGACUCUCCCUGCCCCCGUGCCUGCACCUGCCGGCGGCGGUGAGGCUGGUGUACUGGGGCGGUCGGGCGAGGCUGGUCGCCGCCGACGCCCGCCUCACGGCCGGGGACGUCGCGGCGGAGCUCCCGGCGCCGACCACGGACCACUUCGUCUGCCCCGCGGACGCCUUCUUCGUGGGCCUCCCGAUCCCUGUCAUGUCCCCCGGCGAGGAGCUCCUGCCGGGGCGGACCUACUUCGUGCUCCCCGCCGCGCGGUUCCCGUCCCUCAAGGUGCUCACCGCCGCCACGCUCGCCGCGCUGUCGGCCGCGCCCGCGCCCGCGGCGGGGAUGAAGAACAGGGGGAGGUCCAAGGCGGCGCUGCCCUUGGCGGGGCAGUGCCCGUUCGAGUACGUCAAGCAGGGCGACGGCGGCGCGCCGCUCAUCAGGGUCCUGCCGGAGUUCAUCGAGAAGGUGAUCACCUACGACGGCGGCGCCCCGCCGGCGCCGAAGACGGCGGCGGAGCUGUGCAGCACGCCGGAGCUGAAGCGGCAUUACGCGCAGCUGGUGGGGCCGAGGAGCCGGCCGUGGGCGCCGAGGCUGGAGACCAUAGCGGAGGGCGAUAGGAGCAGGUGGCUGAGGGUGACGGCUAGAAUGCUGUCGUCUUAAACCCGGCCGAUGUACAACUGACCAAAAUUUCAUUUAGGAUGGAGGACGAGCUAGCAGUUAAAUGUACAUACGGAUUAAUUCAAUAUGUAUGUUGAUUGGCCGCACAUUUGGCUUGAACGUUACGUACCAUCGAGAGCAUGCAGAUCGAGCACAUUUGGCCUCUCGAGAUUAUAUUGUUACUUAUUAG